CAGAGUAUCUUUUGCCGGUUUUUCUCUCGGAUAUUUCAUCUUCUCCUCUGUUAUGAUUUGAACCGGCACGCUUGAAUCUGUACGCCAAUCAAUAUUUGGCGAUGUUUUGAAAUGAAGUGUCUGUGAAUGCUCCAUAGAAGUUUGUUGAUAUACUAGUCCACGUGUUUUGAAUUUAUCACCUAUAAAUAUGGAUAGGGUUAUGGAGCUUGGGGGAUCAACUGAAUCUGGUACCAAAUAUCAUAACAUGUCAGUGCCAAACAUCGAUAAAGAAAACGAGGCUAAAGAGAAUGAUGUAGAGCUGUCCUAUUUGCAACCAGACUCUGAAAAGAGAACUCGAUUUCAAGUGAAUCGAGUAAGGAAUGAAAGCCACAAUAGGGAAAAUGGUACGGACGUUAGGAUAGAAGUAAAUGGAGAACAAGCAAACUCAGAUAAUGAAGAAAAUGACGACGAUAUACAUUCAGUCAGCGACAGGACUAGGCUGAAUUCGGAAUAUGCUAAAAGUUUCAGACACAUGACAAGAGAAGCCCUCCCAAGAAUGGAAAAUUACAGAAAUAUUAUGUCUCUUCAAGCUGCAAAUAGACCAACACUUGAGGAGCUUCAUAAUGCAACUUUGACGAAUAAGAAUCAAACUCUUGGAACUUUGAACGGAAAACAUUCCCUCGGUGAAGGACAGAUUAAAUUUGGAUGGAUAAAAGGAGUUUUGGUACGAUGUCUCUUGAAUAUAUGGGGUGUGAUGCUAUUUUUACGAUUGACGUGGGUGGUAGCACAGGCAGGAGUGGGAGAAUCCAUGUUAUUGAUUUUGACAGCAACGGCAGUGACAUCUAUUACUGCCGUCUCUAUGUCGGCCAUCAGUACUAAUGGCGUUAUAAAAGGAGGUGGAACGUAUUACAUGAUUUCGAGGAGUUUAGGACCUGAAUUCGGAGGAUCAAUCGGCCUGAUCUUUUCUCUGGCCAACGCAGUUGCCUGUGCCAUGUAUGUCGUCGGUUUCUGCGAGUCCCUCAACGAUCUCCUUGCACAGUUUCACUUGUCCAUAGUAGACGGGGGCAUUCAAGAUGUUCGAAUUAUCGGAUGCAUAACGGUAGUCAUCUUGACGAUCAUCGUUGUCGUUGGAAUGGAGUGGGAGGCAAAGGCUCAAGUCGGACUUCUGGUUAUUCUACUCGUAGCAAUCUUAGAUUUUUUCAUUGGAAGUUUUCUGGGGCCUCAAAAUGAACUUUCAAAGGCUAAAGGAUUCGUUGGCUAUAAUGUUGACGUUCUUAGAGAAAAUUUUCCAUCCGACUACCGAUACUCUGAAGGCGUGAAACAUGACUUCUUCAGUGUUUUUUCUGUCUUCUUCCCAGCUGCCACAGGCAUACUUGCUGGUGCCAACAUUUCUGGAGACCUAAAAGAUCCUCAAUCAUCUAUACCUAAAGGCACCUUAUUAUCAAUAGCUAUUACUUCAGUAACCUACAUCUUAAUGGCUUUCGUAGCUGGAUUCACCGUACUUAGAGAUGCUACAGGAAACGUUGAAGAUUAUAUUAAUGGUAGUAAACCUAUUUGUGUGCCAGGAGAAUGUAAAUAUGGACUUCACAACAGUUUUCAGGUUGUGGAAUUAGUAUCUUGGAUUGGACCAAUAAUCUAUGCUGGGUGUUUCGCAGCCACUCUCUCCUCUGCUCUGGCCUCACUGGUAUCAGCUCCCAAAGUUUUUCAAGCCCUUUGUAAGGAUAAACUCUAUCCUAAAAUUGAAUGGUUCGGUAAAGGGUACGGUCAGAAUGGUGAACCUAUAAGAGGUUAUGUACUAACAUUUAUAAUCGCAGUUGGUUUUAUUUUGAUAGGAGAACUCAAUCUCAUAGCACCCCUCAUCUCCAACUUCUUCUUAGCGGCCUACACGCUCAUCAAUUUUUCUACUUUCCACGCAUCUUUGGCCAAACCUAUUGGAUGGAGACCCACCUUCCGAUACUACAACAUGUGGUUGAGCCUUCUUGGAGCAAUCUUAUGCGUCAUGGUCAUGUUUCUGAUAUCCUGGUGGACAGCUCUGCUCACUUUAACGGCAGUGCUGGCAUUGUACCUUGUUGUAUCCUACAGGAAACCAGAUGUCAAUUGGGGCUCUACAACGCAAGCACAAAUGUAUAAAACAGCGUUGCAAGCAGUGCAGCAACUCAAUGCUGUGGAGGAACACGUUAAGAAUUACAGGCCACAAAUUCUUGUGCUAUCAGGUAUGCCUAGCUCUAGACCAGCCUUAGUGGAUUUCGCACAUUUGUUGACUAAAAAUUUGUCGAUGUUGGUGUGUGGACAUAUAACAGAGGAACCUCUACAUCAAAGACUAAGGAAUAUUUUACACUACAAAGCCCACAGUUGGCUAAAGGCACAUAAGUUGAAAUCCUUUUACCUCCAAGUAGACGGUAUGAACUUUGAACAAGGAAGUACUGCACUUUUGAAAGCAAGUGGCAUUGGAAAAUUAAGACCUAAUAUUCUGCUGAUGGGACAUAAGACAGAUUGGCAGUCAUGUGGCAGGGCACAGCUGCAACAAUACUUCGAAGUGCUACAUACUGCUUUUGAUCUUCAUUAUGGAGUUGGAAUACUGAGACUUCAACAAGGAUUAGAAAUUAGUCGAAACGUUUCUGACGAAACCAAUCAAAGCACUGAAUCCCUUUCUAGGAAUCGAUCGUAUAGUCAAUUAUCGCAAGCUAGCAGCUUCAGUGACGUAUCAGUUCCUGUUACCCCUAUAUCGAAAAGGAAUCAAGUGAAUACGGAUCCUACGGCGAAUGAAGAAUUUUCAAAGAAAAAAAUGAACAAGUCUAUUGCUGGUUCUAUCAGUGAAACUUUAGGAGAAGAAACUGAACAACAAAGAUCGAAAAUAAGUAGGAUAUUUCAAUUCAGAAAAAGACAAAGACGUGGAGGAACUAUAGAUGUAUGGUGGUUGUAUGACGAUGGAGGAUUAACUCUUCUGCUCCCUUACAUUCUAAGUACGAGGCAAAAUUGGAAUCAUUGUAAGCUGAGAGUUUUUGCUCUGGCCAAUAAACGUGACGAGCUUGAACUUGAGCACAGAAAUAUGGCAAGUUUGUUGGCAAAAUUUAGAAUAGAUUAUUCCGAUCUUCUAGUGGUACCAGAUAUAACCAACAAACCGUCUGACAAGACUCAAAGAUACUUUGAAUCGUUGAUUUUUGACAUCAAGAAGAAUUCAGAUGAGCAAGAUAGAUGUGAAAUAUCGGAAGCUGAAUUACUGGCAGUCAAAGAUAAAACUCAGCGUCAGAUGCGUUUGAGAGAAUUACUCUUGGAACACUCUUCUGAAGCGAAUUUGGUUGUGAUGACUCUUCCAAUACCGAGGAAAAAUAUUGUGUCAGCUCCUUUAUACUUAGCUUGGAUAGAAAUGCUGACGAAAGAUAUGCCCCCAAUUUUAUUAGUUCGAGGCAAUCAAACUUCUGUAUUAACGUUUUAUUCUUAAGAAAAAAGCUUUAUACUUCUUAUAGUUGACUACUUAAACUACAAACUAUACCAUAAAAUGAGGUUUCCUCAUUAUCAAGUACAAGCCACCAUUAGAAAUAUUUGAAGCAUUUUACAGUUAUACUUUCACAUACGGUUACUUAUUUAUUUAAACUUAACUACUUUAUGUAUUCUAAAUCAGUUUUAUUUUUUGAUACUUCUUUUAUUUAUCAGCCUAGCAUAAUUACAUUAUUAAUUACAUAAAUCGUGUUCAGCAACACGUAUGUAUAAUUUAUGUGUGAAGUUACAAUAAGCGUUGAUCGAAAAAUUACCUCUACUCUUUCUCUUCAUUGAUGAACCUAAUAUUCAAAAUUAGUUACUGCUCAAUAGUCGCAAUAAAAAUUCUCCCUUCAAUGCUCAAGGGGAAUAACUUGUUUGCUUUUAGACUUCAUUGACUCAUUUGAACUAGUGUAAAAUGUUGUGAUCUCUGUCAGAUCCAUUUCAAUCUUAUCAAUUUUUCUUUCUUUAGUAGGUACGAUCAGAAAAAUUCAUUUCAACCGAUUACAUACCUAUAUUUGAAAAAUAUUCGACUACGCCUAUGAAUAAAGCAUAUAAUAAAACUGUUAUUACCCUCGACUCACUGUAUUGCCUACAAUUGCAGCUCAGAUACUACCAUAAUUUUUG